AUGAGUUUCUUGGGGAAACUCUUUGGAGGAAAGAAAGAGGAAAAAGGGCCAACGACCCAUGAAGCGAUCCAAAAAUUACGAGAAACAGAGGAGCUGCUGAUCAAAAAGUCGGAGUUUCUAGAAAAGAAAGUCGAAACUGAGAUACAAGUUGCUAAGAAAAAUGGGACUAAGAAUAAAAGAGCUGCAAUUGCUGCUUUAAAACGUAAAAAGCGUUAUGAAAAGCAACUUAUUCAAAUUGAUGGAACUCUUACACAAAUUGAGGCUCAGAGGGAGGCCUUGGAAGGUGCUACAACCAAUGCUCAAGUAUUGAAUACAAUGAGAGAUGCUGCUAAUGCUAUGAAGCUGGCUCACAAAGAUAUUGAUGUAGACAAGGUGCACGAUAUAAUGGAUGAUAUUGCUGAGCAACACGACAUAUCACGUGAGAUCACGGAAGCUAUCAGUAGCAAUGUGGCCUUCCCCAACGACAUUGAUGAGGACGAGUUGGAGAAGGAGUUAGAAGAGUUGGAACAGGAGGAGCUAGACAAGGAAAUGAUCGGUAUCAGUGUCCCAGCUGACAACCUGCCUGAAGUACCCGACAAUGAGUUGGCCGAUAAACCCAAACCCAGCAAAUCUAGGGAAACUGAAGACGACAAAGAGUUUGCAAUGUUGCAGUCCUGGGCUACAUAA